AUUAGAAAAACCAUGAACUCUGAUACUAAUACUGAUACUAAAAAAAAGAAUUUCUUCGCUAGACACUUUUUUUUUUUUUAGAGAAUAAUGUUAACGUAGCCUGACAUACACUACGACUGCGCCCAGGCUUGCUUUGUCUUGCCAAAGUUAUUUUUCUUCUCUGCCUUCUUUACAGAGUUGACAAAGAAAGAGCUACCUCAUUUGCUUCAGAGAAGUGGAACGAAGCCAAAAGCACGACGUAUAGGGGAAGAGACAAGCAGAAGGUUAGAGAGUUGGUUGAACGUCUUAUUUUAUACAGCUGAAUCGCGGAACCUUUGAACAUUCUAUAUAGAUCCUAUAAAUAAACAUAAGUCGGAAAACAAAUACAUUUAAACGAAGUUAGACUAUCGGGAAGCUAAAAGGCAGCCAUCAUGAACGAGUGUCACUAUGAUCAGAAGAUGGAAUUCUUCUACAACCACAGCAACAGCAAGACUGAAGAUGAUUGGUCGGGGACCAGACUCAUCAUUAUUCUGGUUUUUGGUUCGAUAUUCUGCGUCUUUAUCUUCCUGUCGAAUGCAAUGGUCAUAGCAGCAGUGAUCACCAACAAGCGUUUCCACUUUCCCUUCUAUUACCUACUUGCCAAUUUGGCGGCGUCAGAUUUUUUUGCUGGAAUAGCCUAUGUUUACCUUAUGUUCAACACAGGGCCAGUCUCCAAAACACUCACCGUGCACCGCUGGUUUCUGAGGCAGGGUCUACUGGACACAUGCCUGUCAGCCUCCUUAGCAAACCUGCUGGUCAUUGCGCUGGAGCGCUACAUCUCCGUCAUGAAAAUGACGGUGCACAGUAACCUCACAAAACGCAGAGUGACUGUCUUAAUUAUCAUGGUGUGGGCAGUUUCUAUUUUCAUGGGCGCUGUGCCCAGUUUGGGGUGGAAUUGCAUCUGUAGCCUUGACGACUGCUCGAUACUGGCACCCAUUUAUAGUCGGAGUUACCUGGUUUUCUGGUCGGUCUCCAACCUUUUGGUCUUUUUUAUCAUGGUGGUCGUGUACAUGAGGAUUUAUAUAUAUGUGAAGAAGAAAAUGAUUGUCCUGUCACCUCACACCAAAGGCUCUAUAAGUCGCAAGAGAACCCCUAUGAAGCUCAUAAAGACGGUGAUGACAGUUCUAGGUGUUUUUGUAAUCUGUUGGACUCCUGGCCUGGUUGUUCUCCUGCUUGACGGUCUACACUGCUCCAGUUGUGGCUUGCUAGAUGUGAAGCAGUGGUUCCUGCAGCUGGCCAUGCUGAACUCCAUCAUCAAUCCUAUCAUUUACUCCUACAAGGACGAAGAGAUGCGCAACACCUUCUGGAACAUGAUCAGCUGUGGGAUUAACAGAGGAAGGAUUUCCAGGACCAACUCCAGAGCGCUGAGCAUUGAGCCCAUUCGUAGCACUGAGGAAAGCUCGAUUUCUUUUCACAAGGAGGUCAAGGCGUGAAUGCCAUACUGGGACUCAGGACCUUAUUUGUUGCUGGAUAGCAAAGGAUCCUGGACAUCAAGAAGUGCUAGCUUAUUCAAUAUCAGCUGUCUUUAGAAAAGCAGGAGGUGCCAGGCAUUCUCAAAACUGCAAGUGGAAAAAUGCCCAAAGGACAGCCUGAGUGAUGCUUACUGCAACUAGCCAGCCCCCUGGUGGUGCUUCUCACUGUACUAUAAUAUUGUGUGGGGAGGGAUGUUUGAGUCAUGCUUUGGGUGAAACUGAUGUACUUUCUAAUGCAGGUUUCAUUGGCACAUUGGGUGCACAGACGUUAGGCCAGAAGAAAUGCCUGAAGGUAAUGGUGUCUACAGUGUCACUGCAUGCCCCUACAAGUACCGAUAGCUUCCAAGCUGGUUUCUUCCUAGUGCAUUACAAUUAACAGAUUGUAAUUAAUUAGAAAACAUAUCUGAAAUUGCACCCCUAACUUUAAACUUUAAUUUUUUACUAUAAAAAGCUCAACGCAUUGUUUCAUUCAUUUUUCUGUAUACAUUUAAUCGUAUGUGGCGCUGACUUAACACUGUGGUCUAAUAAAUCAUUGAGAUAAUACAUGUUCAUAAAUUUAAAUGUUUUUGAAAAAAAGUAGACAAACUAUUUACCUUGCUGUACUAUACAUUUUAGAAGUGCGUGUGCAUAUAUAUAGUGUAAUACAGCCUCACUCACGUUUGCCCCUGUAAAUGAGACCUAGCACAUAGGAACUUGUAGUUUAGUGCUGACAUACACUUUUAAUAAUACCAAAAACCAAAAUCUAGCUCUUUUCAAAUACUAACUAAACAAACACCAGAGCCUACUCUAAUAACCCAGACACUAAGCUGAAAAACACACAGAAAAACAAUACACAGUACCUUUUUCUGAUAACACACAGAGUCAGGCUCUUCACACAGCAGCC